AAAUGUUGGCCAAAUCAUCAGUUGAUUUUUGUGUGUGCGAGGAACUACAUCAAAAAUGAAGGUCUUUAUCUGUGUUUUAGCUUUGGUAAGCUAUGCUUCGGCUGGUUUGCUUGGAUCAACAGGAUACAAUUACCAUGCAUCGGCACAUUCUGCUCCAGUCCAUGUACCAGCUCUAUCAUACGGCCCAGCACCAAGCCACGUUCAACCGGCUGAAGUCAAAAUUAUUAAGAUCGUUCAUCAACAACCAGCUGCUCCAUCAUACUCAGCAUCUCAACCACAGUACAGCGCACCAGCUCCUGCUCCCCACUACCAGCCAGCGCCUGCUCCUCACUACCAGCCAGCUCCUGCUUCCCACUACCAGCCAGCGCCUGCUCCUCACUACCAGCCAGCGCCAGCUCCUCAAUCACAAUAUCUACCACCAAGUGCCCCAGUUACUCAUCAUCAACCAGCUCCACCAGCAACAACCUACGGAGUUCCAGCAGCUCCAGCAUUUGUAGCUCCAAGUUUGGGAGCACCAAGCUUUCCAGCACCUUCAGCAGUUAAAAUCGUGAAGAUUUUUGAACAACCAUAUCAAAGCAGUGGCGCAGUCAGCGGUGGAUACAGCAGUGGUGCAGUCAGCGGCGGAUUCAGCAGCGGUCCAGUCAGCAGUGGUCCAGCCAGUGUAUUCGGUUCGGCUCAUCAGGCAAGCCCAGAUGUUGUUAAUGUUGCCGUAGGAGGCUCACCUUUCACUCCAUCACAUGCCGAAGGACCACAUCCAGCACCGGCACCAACUCAAAUCAUCAAGGUCGGAGAAGCAGGCGCUCCAGAACAAAUUAUCAAGCUCGUACAAGAAAUUCCACACAGCUAUGGACACGGCAACCUUCCGACAGCAGCAGCACCAGCAAACAUCGUGAAAGUUCCAGCACCUAGCUAUGGAUCAGCACCCGCACUUGCUGGACCUGCACCAGUACCUCAAUUGACGUACGCACCACAAGCACCACAAGCACCACAAGCAAGCUAUGGAGUUCCUUCAAGCCACUCAGCGCCCGUAUAUGCACCAGCACCUCAACAAUCUUACUUGGCACCUUCAUCUAGCUACUCCGCACCAGCACCUCAAUCAUCAUACCUUCCACCAGCACCUCAAUCAUCAUACUUGCCAUCUCAUUAGUUUU